ACGCUGCAAUUUAAAAAAAACGUAUUCGUGACUGAUGCCCUCCUCCUCGAUUCUCAUAAAUUUAAGUAAGUCGCAUAAAAUUCACUUCUUUUUAAGAGGAGGAGGCGGCUGCUUCAACUCAGGAGGAGGCGGCCUCAACUCAGGAGGAUGCGGCUUCAACUCAGGAGGAGACGGCGGCUUCUGCAACAGAGGAGGCGGCCUCAACUAAAGAGGAAGCGGCAGCUUGCCUAAAGGAGGAGACGGCGGUUUCAACUAGAAAGGAGUCGGCAGCUUUAAAUUAAGAGGAGGCGGCCUCAUCGUGCCAAAGGCCACGUGGACAAUAGAGGAGACGGCGGCCUCAACUAUGGAGGAAGCGGCAGCUUGACCAAAGGAGGCAGACAAUAGCGGCCUCAAGUAGGAAAGAGGCGGCGGCUUGAACAGUGAACGUGGCAACGAUUUAAAUAUAGGAGGAAACGGCAUCAAAUUUUAAACAUGGCCAUUGAAUAAAUUGUGUGUUAAAAUAAAAGUUCGUCUCCUGCCGACUGACAGAUGACGAUAAAACAAUCAAGCGUGGGAAUUUACAGACGGCCGCCUUUUGCAAGAUGACAAAUGCCGUUUGCGAGUCGAGCAACAAAUCUUGGGUUAUUAUCGACAAAUGUCGCCUGCGUGCGAUAAAUCGCAACAAGACGACCUUUAAUGCCGAUAUCAACAUACUGUAUCCUGUUUACAAUAUUCAUAUAAGCCUGCAACUUAUGAAAAAGGAUAAUGGCUAUAAGCCCUGGCUUUUUAACUACACAAUCGAUGGCUGUGUGUUUAUGCGCCAGCAGAGACAUCCGGUUUUUAAAAUGUUCUGGCUUAUUUUGCGAGAUUUCUCCACAAUCAAUCAUACCUGCCCCUAUCAGGGCAAUCAGAUUGUCAAGGAUUUCUACUACGAUCCCACAAACCUGACCUUGCCUCUGCCAACUGGCGAUUAUUUGUUGCUCCUAACUUGGAUUUUCGACAAGAAGCCGCAAUUUGUAACGAACAUAUAUUUCUCAUUUUAUCAGGAUAUAUUCUGAGAUCGGCUAAUAACAUCUGCCCCAAUUAAUCUCACAAAAUAUCGAAAAUAAAAAUUGUGUUGAUAUUAUCAUAAUAGUAUUA